AUGCCAGCCCCUGUUUCCUCUUCCAUAAGCAGCGACGGCAAGAAUGAAGAAGCUGUUCGCGAAAAUUGUCUUGAUGGCCUGGCUGAACUUCCUUAUCAUGAGCGUCUAACCCGCUUUUUGCGGGGUGCCGCAAGACACUGGGUCGCAGGCGGCAUCUCCGUUAUCGAUUUCCGGCCUUUAUACACCAUUACACUCUACGAUCUGCAGCGACAGCUCGCUCGAGAGAUCCAAAAGGUCGAGGGAGAAAACAUUACAGAUGAACAGUUGAGUCGCAUGCGAGGAACCUUGCAUGAGUAUACCAAUGCGCUCCGUGACUUCGAGUUCAUCCACGCCAACCGCUGGUCUACCCAAUUCGUGAAGGAUAUCGCAGCGUCUCGUAUUGACAAUGGCAGCGGCUCCAAGCUCCAGGGCGCAUUAAUUCCGGACCUCAACCUCACCGUUCCGAGCACUCACCGCAGCCUGUUCCGCGAUGCGGAUCUCCUCGGAUCUUUCGACCCGAAGCUCAUGGAGCACAGCAAUGCGCUCGGACAAAGUCUAGGCACAACUCGCGCGCAUGCGUUCGCAAGUGAACAGCGAAGAGAACAGUUCGUUCUAGCGUGGAAACGAUUUGCUUCUGCGUUCGUUGGUGGCAUGAUCAUUGUUGUCUCGAUGCUGAUAUUGCUUGUGGGGGAUGUGAAGACGAAGACGUUGGCGGUCAUCCCGACGUCGAUACUGCUGUUUGCAGUUGGUGUAGCACUAUUUGCGAAGACGGAUCCAGUCAAUCUAUUGGCUGCGACGGCAGCGUAUGCAGCAGUCUUGACAGCAUUCGUCAAGCUAAACUGA